CUAGAAUUAACAUUCAUGGCUUCUAUUCUGACUACUUCUAGUCACGUGAUGCGGCCGGCUCCCGCAGGUCACGUGCUGCUCCGGUCACCCAGAACAGUAGAGACUUCCGGGUAGGUCAAGGUGGGCGGGAUCUCGGGGCUGUCAGUGAGCUAGCAACCAGAAAGUAUGGCGUUUAUGGCGCUGGGCGGACGUCACUCCUGGAUGCUACGACUGUGCAGGCAUGGAGCGACCAUCCUGCAGCCUAAAGUCAACGCAGGCCCCACAGCUUGCAGGCUUAAGUCAUCUAUACAGUACCUAGCACGUAAAGAUUUACCAAAGUUGGCUUACAGUAAACUAAAAGGCAAAAGUCCCGGAGUCAUUUUCUUGCCUGGUUAUGCAUCAGAUAUGAAUGCUCAGAAAGCUGUGGCCCUUGAGGACUUCUGCAAAUCUCUUGGACACUCAUUUAUACGGUUUGAUUACACCGGAUGUGGAAAUUCUGAGGGGAAUAUAAAAGAGUGCACAAUUGGGAAAUGGAAGAAAGAUGUGCUGUCCAUUCUCGAUGACGUGUCUGAAGGACCACAGAUAUUAGUUGGAUCAAGUAUGGGAGGAUGGAUUAUGCUGCUUGCUGCCCUCUCCCGGCCUGAGAAGAUUGCAGCUCUUGUUGGUGUUGCCCCUGCAGCAGACUAUUUUGUUACAGUAUUUAACCAACUUUCAACAGAGGAAAAGAAAGCAGCUGAGGAGAAAGGUGAAUGGAAACUUGUCUCGAAAUACAGUGAAGAGGGUGUUUAUACAAUACCUUACUCUUUUAUCAAAGAAGCUGAAAACCACUGCUUGUUAAAUAGCCCUAUACCCAUAAGUGCACCUGUACGUCUCAUUCAUGGCAUGAAAGAUGAGGAUGUCCCAUGGCAUGUGUCUAUGCAGAUUGCUGAACGAGUGGUCAGUAAUGAUGUAGAUGUCAUUCUCCGCAAACAUGGCCUCCAUCGGAUGAGUGAAAAAGAUGACAUCAAACUCCUCGUGUACACAAUUGAUGAUUUAAUUGACAAACUGACCACUUUAGGGUAACUGACAGUAAUCCACACAGUAACAUUAAGCUUUACUUAUCUGUGAUGCUCCUGUCGAGCAAUGCAAACUAGUCAAUUGCACAAAUAAUGACUGCAAAUAAUUACGUUUAUGUGAACAAGAAACCUCCUUUUUUACUAUUUCACGUCAGUAUUUCUUAUGUUAUUUUAUACUGCCCAAAUAUGCCCUUUUCUACUUCCCACAGUAAAUGUGAAUAGCCUUCUCAAGCUGUACAGAAUUGAACAAAAUCACUAGUGAUAACUUUAUGGCAUGAAAUGUUUACAAAGAAAUAAACUAUAUGUAUAAAUCCUACUUUCUGCCUUUUACUGCAUCAUGCAGAAGUGAAGCGACCUACAGCAUAAAUCCUACAUCUGUGUGUAAAGUGUGUGGUAGAAAGCAUCCACCAAUGUUGUUGCCUAAAAAGUUUAUUGUAAUCUACAUUUUGUUACUGGCAAUAUUGCACCAACACAGUAUAUUACCAGUGUAAGAGCUAAUAUGCUCUCGGUGGAAUGUAUUCCAGUGGGGAAAAAAUAAAUAAAUGAAACAUUAAAAACUG